CAUGAUUAUAUUUAUGAUUUGAUUUUCCCUUCUAUUCUUCAGGAUUGCGUGUGGUACGGUGUCUGCAAUGUCGAUGCAUAUGAUCGUAGCCAGUACUGUGCCUACAAUGGUACGGCCAAACCCAUUUCUGAUGAGGGUCGUAAUCUGUUGAAGGAACGAUGCGGUCACCUGCUAGAGAAUGGCGCAUCGGAUUUUUGCUGUGAUAGUAAACAGGUGGAAAUUUUAAAUAAGAAUAUCAAAUUAGCUGCAAAUUUUCUGGAUCGUUGUCCAUCGUGUAUGGCAAAUUUGGUGAAGCAUUUAUGCGAAUUUACUUGCUCACCUAAACAAUCGGAAUUUAUGCAUGUCGUCGAAACUAAAACCAAUACUGACGGUAAAUUAUACGUCAACAAUAUCGAUUUACAUAUAACGGCCAAUUACACGAAUAGCACAUACAGGUCUUGCUCUCAGGUAUCCGUACCAUCAACGGGACAGCUAGCCAUGGAUAUUGUUUGUGGCGAUCAUACUGCUUCUCGUUGCAGUGCUACUAAGUGGUUUACAUAUAUGGGUGAUGCCGAUAACUUGUAUGUACCUUUUCAAAUCACCUAUGUUCAGCAUGAAAACAGCUCGUCAGUCAUUGACGGUUACCGUCCACUUGAUCCAGCCACAGUUCCUUGCAGUAGUCCAUUAAAUGAUAAGACACCGGCAUGUUCCUGUACCGAUUGCGAGGCAUCCUGUCCCAUUCCGCCACCAGAACCACCAGCACCUCAACCUUUUAUGAUUGGUGGUUUUGAUGCAUUCACAGUAAUAAUGAUAGCAGUAUUUGUUGUGGGAAGUUUGUUGUUCCUAAUGGGAGUCUGUUUGUUCCCCUCCAAAAAUAUGGAUGUUUUGGUAGGUGAAGGUUUGAUGGAUAACCGUUAUAACACGUCCUUUGGCAGACGUUACACUGGUGGUCACACUGUCAACAAUGAAUUAGCUCCAGAGGAGGAUUCGCCCCUGCAAUCGAAAAUAUCCACUGACGGCAACGAAGUGGACGGGGCGCACAAUGAUGGUAUUGAUGUCGUGAUCGAGUCCGAUUCUGGCUACUUUGAACACUUGGGUGCCAAAACGGAAAAAUAUCUUGAGGAGUUCUUUACGGCAUGGGGUAAACUGUUUGCCACAUAUCCCUGGCUAACACUUCUGGGAGGUUUAAUUGUUGUUGCUGCUCUUGGUAGUGGCAUAAAGUUCCUACAUGUUACUACGGAUCCUGUAGAGUUGUGGGCUUCGCCACAAUCUCGCUCACGUGUCGAACGCAAAUUUUUCGAUUCCAAUUUCGAACCGUUCUAUAGGCUUGAACAGAUUAUUAUCAAAGCUGUGGAUUUGCCUGAUAUUAUACAUAACACCUCAAAUGGACCACUGCAGUUCGGUCCAGUUUUUGACAAACAAUUUUUGAUCGAUGUCUAUAAUCUACAAGAGGAUAUAAAAAAUUUGGGCAAAGACAUCGAUAAUGCCACAAUGCUGAAAGAUAUCUGUUAUGCUCCUUUGGUGGCAGGGGAAUCUGUGCCAGUCGAAACAACGAAUUGUGUUGUCCAGUCGAUAUGGGGCUAUUUCAAAGACGACUUGGAACGCUUAGACGAUGAGGAUGAAGAUAAUGGCUUUGAGGUCAACUAUCUGGAUGAAUUGUAUAAGUGCAUGAGUAACCCUUAUUUAUGUCUGGCACCUUACGGAGGUAUCGUGGAUCCGGCUAUUGCUCUCGGAGGAUUCCUUAAGUCUGGAGAACAACUUGGCCCAGGUACCAAAUAUGAACGAGCCAAUGCGUUAAUAUUGACGUUCUUAGUUAGAAACUAUCACGAUAAGGAGAAACUGGGGCCGACCUUAGAAUGGGAAGAACGUUAUAUUAAUUAUAUGCUUAAUUACACGAAGACGCGUAUGAGCAAACAUAUGGACAUAGCAUUUACCUCAGAACGGUCUAUUGAAGAUGAAUUGAAUCGCGGAUCGCAAUCGGAUGUCCUCACUAUUUUGGUGUCAUACUUAAUAAUGUUUGCGUACAUAGCCAUUUCAUUGGGACAUGUACAAGAGAUAGGCCGGGCCUUUAUCGACAGCAAGAUAACAUUGGGAGUUGGCGGCGUCAUUAUUGUAUUGGCCUCUGUGGUUUCCUCGGUUGGUAUCUUCGGUUACAUAGGUGUGCCGGCCACAUUAAUCAUUGUCGAAGUAAUACCAUUCUUGGUUUUGGCUGUUGGUGUCGACAACAUUUUUAUUUUGGUACAAACCUAUCAACGCGACGGCCGCAAAGCAGACGAGACUCACGAAGAACAUAUUGGCAGAAUACUAGGCCGUGUAGGACCUUCCAUGCUGUUGACUUCUGUCAGUGAGAGUUGUUGCUUCUUUUUGGGCGGGCUUUCUGAUAUGCCGGCUGUAAAGGCAUUCGCAAUGUACGCCGGUAUGGCCCUGUUCAUUGAUUUUCUCCUGCAAAUCACGUGUUUUGUCAGUCUAUUGACAUUGGAUACAAAGCGACAAGCGGAGAAUCGUUUGGAUGUCUGCUGCUUCAUACGCGGCAAAAAGACUGAUGCUGCUCCCAUCACUGAAGGUCUGCUAUACAAAUUUUUUAAGAGUGUCUACGUACCAUUCCUGAUGAAGAAAACAGUACGCGUUGUUGUCAUGAUUGUAUUCUUCGGUUGGCUUUGUUCCAGUAUAGCCAUAGCACCGCGAAUUGAAAUUGGAUUGAAUCAGGAACUUUCGAUGCCUGAAGAUAGCUUCGUUCUACAUUAUUUCCAAUCAUUAAACAAGUACCUUAGCAUUGGACCCCCAGUUUAUUUCGUGUUAAAAUCUGGCUUGAAUUUUUCAACAACAUUUGAUCAGAAUUUGGUUUGUUCGGGUCAGUUCUGCAACGAUGACAGUGUUAUAACACAAAUCUACUUGUCGAGUAAACGAUCUAAUGUUUCGUAUAUUGCACGACCUGCAUCUAGUUGGAUCGAUGAUUACUUUGAUUGGAGUCAAGCUUCGUCCUGUUGCAAAUACCACCCUGAUACUGGUGAUUUCUGUCCACAUCAAGAUUACUCCUGUGAAAGCUGUGUGAUUAAUCGUAAUAGUUUGCAUCGCCCUGACGAACGGGAUUUCGGCAAAUAUUUACCAUUCUUUUUGCAAGACAAUCCUGAUGAUAACUGCGCUAAAGCUGGACAUGCUGUGUAUGCUCCCGGUGUACGUUAUAACGUUUUGCCAGACACUAAUCAAACAAUCGUCGGUUCUUCAUAUUUCAUGGCCUAUCAUACUAUUUUGAAAUCGUCAUCUGACUACUACAGUGCGCUGCGUUCAGCCCGUAAAAUAUCGGCAAACAUCACGCACAUGAUUCAAGGACGACUAAUGUCUCAGGGUGUACCAUUGGAGGAUGCCCUGAAAGUAGAAGUAUUUCCAUAUUCUGUUUUCUACGUUUUCUAUGAGCAAUAUCUGACCAUGUGGCCCGAUACCCUACAAAGUAUGGGUAUAUCGGUGUUGGCCAUAUUCAUUGUCACAUUCCUUUUGAUGGGCUUCGACAUACAUUCGUCGCUGGUUGUUGUUAUUACGAUCACCAUGAUCGUUAUAAAUUUGGGAGGCAACAUGUACUACUGGAACAUCUCAUUGAACGCAGUAUCGCUGGUUAACCUUGUCAUGGCAGUUGGCAUCUCUGUGGAAUUCUGCUCACAUUUAGUCCACAGCUUUUCAAUAUCGACAGAAGGUACCCGAGAAAAACGAGCUGCUGACUGUCUUACGAAAAUGGGUAGUUCGAUAUUCUCGGGCAUUACACUAACGAAAUUUGGUGGUAUUCUAGUUCUGGCUUUUGCGAAGAGUCAAAUCUUCCAGGUGUUCUACUUCCGAAUGUAUUUAGGAAUAGUAUUAAUUGGCGCAGCCCACGGCUUAAUAUUUUUACCUGUACUGCUUAGCUAUAUUGGUGCACCCAUGAACAAAGUUAAACUGGAAAAUUUUCGACGUGAAGCAUAUAAAGUACAAGAAACAUCGCUAUCGACUGCGUGAUGCAAGGUUCCCGUCGAAGAUCAACACAUAAAAUUCGAAACGAUCCAACAA